AUGCCAUUAAAACAAAAACAGUAUGUCCAUUCAGCUCAUAUCUACAAUCGUACGUCUCAUUCAAUUAAUCUUAAAAUCUUUUACUGUGGUGAAAGUCAACAUCAUGAACACGAGAUUAUACGUAUGAAUAAUUUAGAACCAAAUGGUGGUCAUUACUUUGCUGAAACACGUGCCUAUGCUGAUGCGCAUCGUAUCAUUGAUAAACAUAUAUAUAAAAUUCAGGCUGAAAUCAGUGAUGGAAAGAUUUUGGAAUUGAAAUGGCCAUAUCAAGGUUUAUUUGAAAUACAUGAAAAGGACUGGCAAUUUGAUAUUGAAGAAAACGACAUUAAAUCGAUAAAUCCAAGGGUGUAG